AUGAUUACUUGCCGGCGCCUGGUGAUUGCUGUGCAUCUCCGACAGGGAGAACUGUUUGUGAGCAAAACAGUUCUCCUCCCUGUCAUUUCGUGCACACUGCUUUGGAUGGCUGUGCACAGCACAGCCAUGCAAAGCAGUGUGCUUACAGUGAAGCACACGGACACAAACACAAGUAAAACAGCACACAGCACACAGUUAACCCUUUGAUCACCCCUCAUGUUAACCCCUUCCUUCCCAGUGUCAUUAGUACAGUUGUCAGUUCUUUUUAUUAGCACUGAUCACUGUAUUGGUGUCACUGGGGAUGUCAAUGACACCAAGUCAGUUCCCCCCAGUGUCAGAAUGCCCACCGCAGUCCUGCUAUAAGUUGCUGA